UAUUGGAAACUCGUAUUUGUAGGCCAUGGUACCACUCUCUUCGUCCAACAGACGUUCUGUCGGUACCAGCAUAGGCUAGUACCAACGAUUGUCUUGCAUACAGCGGUGUACCAUAGCGAAGGGAGUGCAGUAAAUGGUAUUACGUACUCGGCACCAAACCGUGUGUGAUUUGUGUUUUAAUUUUGUUGACAGUCAGUGAACACACACGUGAGUGCUACCAACUCAACUGGAAUAGCAGUUUAUCAAUCCAUGCGAAUCGUUUUCUACUGAAAGUGCAACUCGUCUUGGCAGUGUGACGGCAGGAAAAUCUUGCCCAGCUGUCAGUGUGACCCAGUUGUGUCAGAAAAUUGUGAUUUUCGAAGAAAUGUGAACUUUCGUGUAAUCACCAUUCCUCCAAGUCGAUACAAAUGAUUAUCGGAAGUGAUUCAAUGGAACUAUGUUGUUCUGUAAGCUGAUAGCAGUAUGUGUGUGCACUUUGACUGUUCACCUUCAAACGGCCUCGGCCAACAUAUGGGCAGAUCCAGAUUUGGAAUUAUUAGAUGAGGUUCAUGAUGCCGAGAUCUAUCAGGCAGUCGUUACGUCCGUGGAAGAAUGGAGGAGAAAGAGGGAGUUGAAAAAAUUACACAGCAGAAUAAAGAGGGAUGACGUCCAGAGCGUCUGUUAUCCAGAGAUCGGAUGCUUCGACUCCUCCGGUCCGUUCAGCUACUUGGACAUGUUGCCGUCGAAACCGGAGGAAAUUGGUACCAAAUUUCUUCUCUAUCCGGGCAGGAGCCGAGGGAGAAGUGGGACGCCACCGGCCGAGGUGCCCUUUCACAACAUUUCGGACGCCUUCGAUUGGGCGAAGCAGGGCUUCAACAACAGUCUGCCUACCAAAGUACUGAUCCACGGUUUCGGGAGCGGGUGCACCCAUAUAUGGGUGUACGAGAUGAGGAGUGCCCUGAUGGCUGUGGAAGAGAUAAACGUCAUCUGCGUCGACUGGGAGAACGGCGCCACCCUGCCCAACUACGUGAAGGCGACGGCGAACACCAGAUUAGUGGGGAAGCAGCUGGCGAUGCUCCUUCAGGGCCUCGUGAAACACAACGGCCUCUCCCUCCAGAACACCCACCUGAUUGGCUUCAGUUUGGGGGCCCAUGUCGCCGGAUUUGCCGGGUCGGAGAUCGGGAAUCUAUCGAGGAUCACCGGAUUAGACCCGGCGGGACCCCUGUUCGAAUCGCAGGACCCGAGAGCGAGGCUCGAUCAGAACGACGCCGAGUUCGUCGAUGUCAUUCAUAGCAACGGGGAGAAUUUGAUCCUCGGCGGCCUGGGAUCUUAUCAGCCGAUGGGCCACGUGGACUUCUACCCGAACGGCGGAAGGAUGCAGAAGGGAUGUAGCAAUUUGUUCGUUGGCGCGGUCAGCGACAUAAUCUGGUCAUCUGCUGUCGAGGGACGAUCGCUGUGCAACCACAGGAGAGCUUAUAAGUUUUUCACGGAUUCAGUAUCGCCAAGAUGCCAUUUCCCAGCGUUUCCCUGUAAUUCCUAUGAAGACUUCCUGGCGGGAAAAUGUUUUCCUUGUACGGACGAAAGAAAAUGCGGAAAUAUGGGCUAUUAUGCUGACAGAUCCAAAGGCAGGGGCCAGCUGUAUCUCAUAACCAGGGAUGAAGAACCUUUCUGCGCGCACCAGUACCACGUCAAACUUGAAACGUCUACGAGUCCGGUAAAUCUGGUCAGCUACGGAAAAAUUCAAAUCACCCUGAUCGGAGACUCACUGUUGAACGAAACAUUUGUGCUCACCAGGAAAGAAGACGAGGAAAUGGUACUGGGCCAGUCGAUAUCCAAGAUACUCGUACCUCAUCCGAUCCUGGCGGAACCGACAGCGAUCCAGGUCCUCUACACGGCCUACAGCGGUUGGCUGUCCUCCGGAUUGACCCAAUGGAGGAUGGACAAAGUCACCCUCAGCGACAGCUUCGGUAAAAUCUCGUCGGUAUGCAAGAAAAACCUGGUCCUGGAUUCCGGCAUCCCCGUCACGUUACCGCUAUACCCCGGAGAAUGCAACGUGCCGAGGGACGUUUACUACGAGGAGGGAAAAAAUAACGUGUACGAAUCCAACGAUUCGCAUCCGUCGGAAGCGAGCAAUUUCAUACCGACCCAGGUCGUCAGGGCCGGCGAGGAAAGCGCCAAGAACAAGAAUCUGCCGGACAGGUACUCGUCCAUGUUCAGGGACGCCAUAGAUUUCCUGCACAUCCCCUGGAGCAGGGAGAGAGAGAACAACCUGAUAGACAACGAGCCGAACGAGACCGGAAGGGCCCUGAACGCCAGGAUAAUAAAGAUAAGUAACGAGACCGAGAACGUGGUUCGGGAAAUCGUCGAGCCGAUCCUGAAACCUCAGUCGGUGAAAAACGCCAGGUCGCACGACCCGAACAAGGAGAAACCGGAAAUAACGGAGCCCAUCCUGCGUCCCACCACCACGAGGACCAGGUCGACCAAGUCGGAUCCCAUCUUCAAGAACGAUUUCAUCUCGAAACUGGCCAACGAUCGCAAGGAGAUCCAGUACAAUUUUUACGACAUCGAGGACGAGAUCUCUUGGAGUCCGCCGCGAAACAUGAUCAUCGACGAGAAGAACGACAAGAAGAAGAGGCAAGAGGGCGACGUUGGGAAUUUGGGCUUGAACAAGCUGGUCUCUCCGCCUCCCGGGAAUCCGAUAGAGGCGAUAGUGACUACUGUUCAAUUCCUCCCCAGGAGACUGGCCAGGAUGUUCGAGCAAGCGGAGAAAUACGCCAGGGAGACUAUACUCCCUCUGGUCAGCACCUACACCCCCAAAUUCCUCUCGGAGAUCAUCGCCCCCAAGCCGAAGGCUCAACCGAAAUACGUACCGUUAGCCUUCGACGAAGAGGUGCAGAAAACUUCGGCGUCCGUCAAAAUUUCCGUGGUCGAGGGUAAGAACCAAACGGGCGACGAGAAAAACGGAAAAUUCGAUUCGUCGUCGAAUAGAACCGAUGCAAAUAAACUGACCACGCCGUACACCCACAUCCAGAAGAUCCAUAGGAAGGGCCAAAAGUUCGAAUUCGUAUUUCCCGACAUAGCGUUCAAACCAGAGAACAAGACGGAAACGUCACGAAAGGCGAGGCACGAUCCUUCGGUCGACACGAAAAACUCCAAAGUACCUGCGAAAGGAGGGGAAGAUUCGAUGAAGAGGUCCCUGGAAGCGAAGAGCGAAGAAGACAAAGGCAUCUACAUCGACCUGCCGGUCUUCGAAACAACGCAGAAGACGAAAUAUAUACCGUUGUCGUUCGAUAGCUCAAAUAACGAUAAAAAUUAGAUUUAUUUAUAUUUAUUUAAAAAUAUUAUGUAUGUAGAAACUUUGUAAAUAACCUGUGACAGAAUGAUGUUGUGAAUUUUUACAGAAUAAACAGCCGUUGACGUUCUAAAA